AUGGCAUAUGGGGAUGGAGAAGCAAGAAAUAAACUAGAAAAACAUGUUCUUAUUUUGGAACAAAAUGUUAGAAAUAUCAAAACAUUUGACAACUCUUUAAGCACGUGUCGUGCUUGUUCAAGUUUAGUUGAAAUUUCAAAAGACGAAGGAAUAAAACAAGGAGAAGAAAAAUCCAAUUACGAACUCUUCAAAAAAAAAUCAACUGAGAUGUUGAAAGGAAGAAGGAAAGAAAAUUUGCAGACUCAAUUUACAUUUAAAUGGCGAUGUCUUGUUGGAUUACGUGAUGUGGGAGUAUGUUCUUGUUUUCGUUUUGAGCGCUCAGUUCCUUUUAACAAACAGGGAAGAAAUGAAAACGAGAGGGUGGAAAAUUUUCUUACAAAAGCUCUUAGUGGCAUCAUAAAGUCAUUAUAUAAAUCAUAUUAUGACAGGCUCUUGGAAAAUGUUACUGUAAUGUUUUGUUUGUUGCAGAAACCUUCAUAA